AUGCUUAGGAUAAGAGUAAGGAAGGAUCAUACCGAGAUCAAGGCGGUGGAGGCCUACGAGGACGGUAACCGCCCUCGGGCUGGAAAUAAUGUCGGAGAUCGUCCAUGUAACUAUUGUUGCGAAGCUGCUGCUCUUCAAUGCGUCGAAUGCAUGAUUCAUUCUGGUUGCCCUACAAAUGCAAGGCGACAAGCUAAUAAUAGAUAUCAAGAGGAAGCUCGGGCCCUAGAUCAUGCUGCUACAGAAACUGCUGGUACUGAAGUGGUGGAUGGAACAGUGCUCCCGAGGACUGACCAUGAAAGUGGUGUGGAAAUUUUUGGAAGAGGUGGUCAUAAUGGUCCUCGGUCUCAAAGGGGUUAUCAUCACUAG